ACAACUGUAUCAGCGGCCAAUUAGUGUGGAAGGAUGUUCAAUUCAAUAUCAAAAUUAGUGUUUGUUCUUUCCUUUUUCUUAUCACAGAUUGUAUUUGCCGAGGCUGAGACAAGAGCCGGUUCCUACAGUAAUGUGUGCACUAGUUACUGUAAUACCAGUGUGUUCCACGGCUGUCAGUGUAAGAACGGUACCAUGUCAUGUGAAAGGGAAUCAGUCGGAAUUAUACUAAUGAUGAAUGUGACGAAAUGGAACCUUAACAGCAGCUGCUCUAUGUCCAUUAAUCAGACGUACAAUGGCAUCGGAUUUUGUCGAACUGAAAUUGAUAGUGUUGACGCUUUGCAGAGGAUUCCUCCUGGCAGCGGAAAUGCUUUUGCGCGGUUUUACUUUCCUGAGAGUGAUUUUCACAGUAGACCUCUGGUGACUUUCAAAGUGAGCUGUCCAGUCGCUGGAGUUCAUACACAACUUCUCUUUCUGGAAAAUGUAUUCAGUUCAAAGCAAUCUGCACCAAAAAACACAUUGUUUCUUGGAAAUAAUUCGGAAACUUCUCUCUGGGUAGAAACUGAGAUACAAGUUUACUAUGAUUGUUUUGUUGGUGAAAACCAGGUCUGUAACAAAUCUGGUCACGUGGGAUGUGCUCCAAAUUACUAUGGUAGCCAAUGUCAACGAUACUGUUAUUCUGCCAUGUUUGAGAACUGCACAUGCAACAACAACGGUGAUCUUAUUUGUCGAGACGAAAGCGUUGGAGCGUUUUUUGAAAUUCAGUUACUAACAACACAUAUCUCCAAGGAAGUAGAAAAUUCUACGUAUACGCUUACCAUCGAUCAAAGGUAA